UUAUUUAUAAUUUCAACCAAGGAAAAUCUCUCCUCUAGAGACAGAUAAUUUUAUCGUACUUUCGUGCUACAAUUUCAUUGGAACUUUUUUGUGAGAUUUUUUGCACGCAAUUUACAAUGAGAAAAUUAGGAUUGUACGUCCUGAAUUGUCAGGGAAUGGCUGGAUUUGCAGCGCAAGCAGCUCUCCGGUCCAAAUGGGGUGAUCUCGUGGAUUCUGGCUCUGCGAGUCUUCCGGAACCGUCUGAGGUGUCUCAGAGUCUCAAGAAUGUCGUCGGGUGGCUCAAACAGGCUUCAAUUGAGGUGAGAGAGGCGGGAAAGAGGGCCGUAACGACACUUCAGAACACCCAUCCGACGAGUGUUCUGGCGCGCAGGGAGGCUGGCAUGGAGCCAGUGUCUGAGAAAGAAACUGCUGUGUCCUCCAUUGUCCAUUGCAAUAGUCAUUCGCCUCAUCGCGAAAUUCCAGCCGCUUCCAAGGAUGCCAUCACAAUUCUCCAUUUCAACGACGUGUACAACAUCGAACCUAAUUCGGCCGCAGAGCCAAUUGGGGGUGCCGCCAGAUUUGCAACAGCUAUCAAUAGUUUCCGGGACUUGAAGCCUCUGGUAUUGUUUAGCGGGGAUGCCUUCUCGCCCAGUAUGCUCAGCACCUACACUCAGGGUGAACAGAUGAUCCCCGUGCUUAAUGCCAUCAAUACAAAAUGUGCUGUUUUUGGAAAUCAUGACUUCGAUCACGGCCUAGAUGUUUUGUCCAAGUGGGUAGAUCGAUGCCACUUUCCCUGGCUUAUGUCCAAUGUGGUGGACAAUGAAACGGGCCGUCCGUUGGGUGAUGGUAAGAUCACACAUAUUAUGAGAUAUGGUGAACACCAAAUUGGUUUGGUGGGUUUAGUGGAGCGACAGUGGCUGGAGACAUUGCCCACGAUAGAUCCCAAGGAAGUUACCUUCAUUGACUUCUCCAAGGCAGCCCAUGAAUUGGCAGCUGAGCUGCGAAAGGAGGGCUGUGACAUUGUAAUUGCCCUAACGCACAUGCGAACGCCCAAUGAUGAAGAACUAGCCAGGCAAUGUCCAGAAAUUGAUUUGAUUCUCGGUGGGCAUGAUCAUGUCUUUGAAGUCAUUCAAGUUAAUGGUACGAAUAUUGUGAAAUCUGGGACGGAUUUCAGGCAAUUUUCGAAGAUUGCAAUUGAGAGUGAACGGGAUGCAAAUGGGAGGCUUCAAAUGGAAAUUGAGCGAGUGGAUGUAACAGCUUCCUAUGCUGAGGAUGAGAUUCUCAAGGCGGAACUUGACAAAUACUCAGCGACAAUUGAGUCAAAGAUGGGCGAGGUACUGGGAACAUUUUCAGUGGAGUUGGAUGGGAGAUUUUCUCAUAUUCGCACGGCUGAAACGAAUCUGGGAGAUUGGGUUUGUGAUGUAAUUCUAGCAGCUACUGGGGCGGAUGUUGUGCUAAUCAAUUCGGGCACAUUCCGAUCAGAUCAGGUUCAUCCAGCGGGUCCCUUUACGAUGCGUGAUUUGGUGAAUGUGGUGCCAAUGAGGGAUCCACUGAUUGUUCUCGAAAUGCCGGGGAGCGUGCUGCUGGAAGCACUGGAGAAUGCCGUGUCGGCAUAUCCGAAGCUCGAAGGGCGUUUUGUUCAAGUUUCUGGAAUCUCCUUUGUUUUUGAUCCAUCACAAGCACCAGGGAGGCGUGUGGAAGCACGCCUGGUGCGUGUGGCUGAUGAAUGGCUCAAUCUGGAGCAGAAUUAUGCUGUUUGCAUCAAGAGCUACAUGCACAGUGGCUGCGAUGGCUUCCACAUGUUCAAAGAUUGCAAAGUUCUGAUGGAUGAGGAUUCCAGUCCUGAAUUGGGCUUAGCAAUUCAGAAUCACUUCAAGGCAAUAGAUGUACGAAUGGGCAAAGGACGUCCGUCGAAGCAUCGUCAGAGUUUGGUGACUCUGUCCAGACGCCAUAGUACAGUCCAGAUGAUGGAUAGCAUGGAGCUGGAUGGACCAACACCCGUGCGGAGGAUUUCUCUGCAAAAAUCCAUGGAUAGUGUACCCAAACUCCUCAGACGCACUUCGCUGGACGAUCUGGAACAGGCCAGUUGCCAACUGGCUCCAGACAUUCAACACAGGAUUAUCUCAGCCCAGAAUUCCGAGCAUGUCCAGGAGUUGCUGAGGCGUCGGGAAACACAAGAGAAGAACACUGUCAUCAAGGAAGUGGACGAGUACUCUUAAAGAGACGACGAUCCAGCUUCCGUCGAUAAGUCCUCCUUUUUCCAUAUUUUCCUCACCCUGAGUUUCCCUCAAAGAGACAGAUGACAAUGAAAGAAAGGCUUUAAUUAAUUGUUAUAUUUUAAAUAAUAUACCUCUCUGGUUUAUAUUUGUUGUCACAAAGCCGGAGAUUGUUUUUGAGGCAUCAAUCGAGCUACAGAUGGCUACAGAUCUAACUUAUAACUUUAAUUGUAUAUUUUCCCGUGGAAAUGCGCGCUUCAUUUCUUGCCAAAAAAAAAAUGAGUCACCUCGAAGGAUGGUGGAAGUGGAUUGGAUAUUGAUGAGAUGAUUUACCCAUUGAUAUUAAUCAGAGAGCUUAAGAAGAGAUGCUUAAAUGGGAGUCUGAGGUUUUCUCCCAAGGCCAGAGUAUUUUGAGGAUAGAAAGAUGUGUAGUAUUUUUGUAAGCUUUUUUUCUGCCUCCCAUUGUAUCUUUGAAUUAUGUGAGAAUGCGGUGCCUCUGGAGGCGAGAUAUAAUUCAGAAUAUUUAUUUAGAAGUCUGUUGAGGGUGUUUUUCUUGCAAGAGACAUUCCAAUUGUAAAAGGUCUAUAUAUUUACCGAGUGGGGCGACAUUUAACACACAUAAAAUGAACACAAAUUGUAGAUAAAUGCACUUGUGUUGAUUAUAAAUAAAAUACUAAAGAAUUUAAGUGA